UCAGUUCACUCUCGCUUUCCCGCCUCGAAAAAUGAUGUGUCUCUUCUCGCUGAACCGUUGAAAUUCCAAAAUGGUCGUGUUGCGCCGAACAGAUUUCUCAAAGCAGCUCUGUCAGAAACAAUAAGCUCAUGGGAUGCGAAAGAUCCAUCAAAACGCGGUCUGCCAACGGACGAACUCGUCAACAUAUACGACAAGUGGGGUCAUGGAAAGUUCGGCAUGAUUAUUACUGGCAACAUUUGCGUGGAUCCGGUCAAUCUCGAAUCAGCUGGAAAUGUUAUAUUUAGCAAAGAGACUGAUUCUAUUCACCUAAGGGGAAUGAUUUCGAAAGUGGUGAAGGCCAUGAAACAGGAUGGAGCUUUGGCCAUUGCUCAAUUGUCACAUGCAGGACGUCAAACACCAAGACUGGUAAAUCCACAUCCAGCCUCAUGCUCUGACAUCGAAUUGAAAGUGGCUCAACCUAUGGUUGGCUUUGGACGUCCUAUUCCUCUUACUGAACCACAAGUGAAGACUGAUGUUGUGGAUCGAUUUGAUUCGAUGGCAUCGAGCUUCAUGGGGCACAUGGCUACCUUUUGUCGUCGUUCAUGUCUUCCUACCGUCAAUAAUCGUACGGAUAAAUAUGGCGGGUCGGCUCAGAACCGUAUGAGGGUGAUUCGUGAGAUAUUCGACGAAAUUAGGAAGGACAUCUCCGAAGCCACAGGUUUUUUGAUAGGGAUCAAGACGAAUACGAUCGAAUUUCACGAAAAGGGGUUGAGUGUGGAGAAGCGAAGAAAAUUGGCUUCGAUUUUGUGGUUUUUUUUUUUUUUUGUGGAACUGUCUGGUGGGACCCUGGAGCGAAAUGCAUUCCAGCAUAAAACCGAGGCAAGCAGAAAGCGAGAGGCGUUCUUUUUCAACUUUGCAGAGAAG